AUGACAGGCAGGAAGAAGAAGGACAAGAAGAAAGGGAAGGUGAAGGAGGCCGAGAAGACGGUGGAUGAGAUUCAACUGCGCAGGGAUUUGAGGAAGCAGAUGAAGAUGAGCGACGAUUCCGCGAAACCGGCGCAGCAAGAAGUCGCGCCGGACCAGCCGAAAUACUCCGAGGACAUCAGGAUCGGCGGUAUAGAGGGAGGCGGCACACACUCCACGCUCGUGAUACUCGACGGGCAGGGCACGCGGCUGACAGAAGUCAAAGGGCCAAACACCAAUCACUGGGCGCUCGGGAUGGAGGAGGCGGCCGCCAGGCUCAGCGGGAUGAUCGAGAAGGGGAAGGAGCAGCUGGACAUACCGAAGUCCGUCCCCUUGGACUGCGUGGGGCUCUGCUUAAGCGGCUGCGAGGAGGAAAGCACCAACCGUCAGCUCGUGCAGACUCUGCUGCAAUCGUAUCCGCACUCCGCCAGGGAUUACGUGAUCGGUUCGGAUACCAUCGGCAGCCUUAGGACCGGCUUGGAGUCCGGCGGGAUCGUGCUGAUCGCCGGUACCGGCAGCAAUGCCCUGCUCAUCAAUCCCGACGGCAAGACUUACGGCUGCGGCGGAUGGGGACACAUGAUGGGCGACGAGGGCGGAGCCUUUUGGAUCGCCCAUCGCGCCUGCAAGUACGUCUUCGACGACAUCGACGAUUUCGUGGAGGCGCCGAAGCCGAUAAGCUACGUCUGGCCGGCGAUGCGAAGUUACUUCGACGUGACCGACAGGAACGGCAUAUUGUUGUACCUCUACUCGAAGUUCGACAAGAGCACCAUCGCAGGUUUCGCCAAGGAAGUUGCGAUCGGCUGUGAAAAGGACGACCCGCUGUGUCUGAAGAUCUUCGAAGAUGCCGGACACGUUUUGGCGAAGCACAUCAUAGCCGUCUCGAAGAAGGCGCACAACGACCUCAAAUUGGCUCCGGGUGGCUUGAAGGUGAUCUGCGUCGGGUCCGUGUGGAAGUCGUGGAAAUUCAUGGAGAAAGGUUUCGUGGACGAGAUCCGCGACAGACGCGUCGUGGACGAGCUGAGCCUCCUUCGGUUGACGACGACGUCGGCGCUCGGGGCCUGCUACCUGGCUGCGGAGAAGAUUAAUUGUCCAUUCGUGAAACCGUACGACGACAACGUCGAGAUUUUCUUCCACUAUAAACGCGAACACCGUCCGGACGAAGCGGAGACACCUGUCAUCGCGGAAUCAGGAAACGAUGUCGUCGUUUGUGACAAAACGACCGCUGACGUUCGCGAAAACGGGCAAAACACAUGAUGAGCGCGCGAACAAAUAAUGUAAACUGUGUUGUAAACUAUUGUUGCGAACACGAGGCACAGGAAUAAUAUACUUAAACGUACUACAGAUGACGUACUGUACGCAAAUUCGCGAGAUGUAACGAUUAAAAGAUACAACCGUUGUGGAAAAAUUAAAAGUUCACCCAAACGUAUCGAUUUAAUAUGUACAUAAAUUUAUACGAAACCAAGAGCAAUAUAAUAAAAUUUUGAAUAUAUGCAAACGGAAAUAUGCGCAGUUGGCAUGGUAAAAGUUGCAAUAUUUUUUUUCCGAUGAGUCUCGCAACGCUUUCGGUAUCCAAUAGAAUUCAUUUGUUUUAGUGAUUCUCAAGAAAUACAUUUUCCUAUUAGAUACGAAGUGCGUUGCAAAAUCUCACUGAGAAAAAGAAAUACAGUGGGAAGCCAAGACAGUUUGGACACAGGUAAGUGUAGAGCACAGCCGAUGGUUCAAUGAGAGAACGAAUUAAUCACAACCAAGUCCUCUCAUUGGAUCAUCGGCUGCGCUCCGAACUUAACUGCGUCAUGCAAAAUCGUUUUGCAUCUCACUAUAUGCGCGUGCUCUUGUUUAUCAAUUUUAAGUUAUUAUCGUAUUAUUCGGACGUUUGGAUACAUCAGUUUUGUACUUCACGUUGCUGGCGAUCACGUCAGGAUCGCGGAAACGAUCAAUCGAAAUUCUCGCUUUUCUAGAUCGCGCCGUCAAUCAUUCCCGACGAUUCUAUCUAUAAUUCUUACAAUACGAUGUAUACGCCGAUAUGAACAACCUUCACACACACAUGUGAUAUUUGUCAUACACAAAGGAAUGAAAAACGUGCGAACCUCUCUACAUUAUUGUCGGAUCGAUAUGCGAAAUUUGUUUCCUUCCCGCGACACGCGUCGAAUUUCACAAUGAUGAGAGGAUGGGAGGAUUGAGGGCAAUCUGGGACACAGCCUGGGCCUGGAUUUCGUGGGCUCUGUUCUCCGUUCUCAAGACUUUCUUCUAUUUAUUCAUAUCCUUCCUCAAUUUGAUAUUCUUCGUGGCCUCUACCACCGUCAUAGUGCUCAUCAUUCUGUACAUCCUCGGCCUCCUACCGACGAGAAGUAAUGAACACAGAUGAUUGACAAACUCGAACAGGAUGCACCGUCGCAGCCCGGUAAGUGAGACACGUCGCAGGUGAACACUUAUCAUUGUCAUAAAUUAAAAUAAAUAUACAUAUACGGUAGUAGAAAGGCCUUGUACAUAUCUCUUUCUCCCUAUGUCGCGAGGAACUCUUAUCUGUGUAGAAUUAUGUGCAACACCCUUUUGAAAAAUAUAUUUAUGUCCGGGUAUAUCACAAUUUAUCGUGUACAUAUGCAACAACAACACGUACACACUCUCGUACCAAGUAUAUCCCCCUCUCGCUCUUAUUUACAUCAUAUAUAUACUCUGACUAAAGCUAGAUUAUCGUAAUUUUCACGUCGUAAAAUUUGCAUUAAAAUCCUUACCUCCUCCUCGGAGGCUCCUCUUUCGAAACGCGAGUUUUCAACAACAUAUAUCAUCAUAUGAUCCAUAAUAUAAUAAGAGUGUAAGAUAUAGUACUAUAUUAUGAUAUAAUACUAUAUUAUACGCUAUACAUCCGAUUAGAUAGUCGAUAAAUUCUUCGAUUUUGAACGUGAACGCAGGCCUCGUUACACAGCUUGCUUAAGAUGUAAAAUUUGACGAUUAAAAAAAAUAUAUAUGUAUAUAUCUAUCUAUCUAUCUCUCUGGGAGGAGAAAACAUGAUUGGAACAGCCAUCUAGGAAUCACUGCGCUGUCGUUGUACGCGUACUUUGGAUGCACGCAAUGAGAAUGAUAUAGAGCUCAAAAGAUACUCCAUAAAAUAUGUAACGAUAUAACGCGUGUGUGUGUGUGUGUGUGCUUAUUGCAAAGCUGGAUAUUGCUACUCUCCGUUAAUAACUCCUGAAUACGCGCGAAUAUCGGCGGGUAUAUAUCGCUCGAGUCGCUUACACCGAC